AUGCCAGUUGAUUUGACGCCGAUAAAGGGCUUUCUGCCGUUGCCUAUAGCGAUUCCAGCUGUGGCAAAUCUCCCACCUUCAACACAUCUCUGUUACAUCAAGCCACAUAUGAGUAAGGACCCUAGCGAACAGGCCGAUACAACUAAGUCUUUGUUCCUCAUCAACCCACUUCCUUUGUGGACGUUGGAUAAUGUCAAGAAGUUGUUCCGCCAGGUUAAUAAUGCCUCACAUAUAGAGAAAAUACUUAUUCGUGAAGCUAUAGAUACUUCUCGGGUUUCCUCCAACGGGUCUGGAGUAAAUUACGAUUUGCACAUCAAUCUGAGCAAACUUACGAAUGAAGACUACGGAUGCGAGCUAGAAGAGAGCGAAAGGUUACCAUUUGGAAGCAGUGUCAUUACAUUUUUGGAUCGUGAUGGAUUGGAGUUGUUUUUGUCAAGCGUGAAAAAGAUAAAAAAAGCUUUGGAAUGGGAUGUGACAAACUCCAGCAGCGAAACAGGAUUACAGAGAUACACAAGGAUACCAUAUGUAAUAGACAGGAAAGUCGCAGAGAAAGAAGUGGCGAAGACACUGAUCGAUUUCCAGCAACGCGAAAAGAAAGCGGAAGUAGAGGUCCAAAAUAUGAGAGAGAUUGUCGACGAAGAUGGUUUCACGUUGGUGGUGGGUUCACAAAAGAAAACAAAAAGUGACAUACUUGGUUCCAUGAAAAAACUUUCUGAUUUAGAGAAAGACGAAGCACAUGUCAAGAAGAAUAAGAAAAAGGAGAAGAAGGACUUUUACAGAUUUCAAAUAAGAGAACGUAAGAAGCAGGAAAUGAAUCAACUUCUAUCUAAGUUUAAAGAGGAUCAAGAAAGGGUGAAACAAAUGAGACAAAAGAGGCGCUUCAGACCAUAUUAG